AUGAAAUUCUCUACUUUAUUAACUUCUUCGUCAGUUCUUUUGACUCUGGUCUCUGCUGCUCCAGCUCCAGCUCCUGCUCCUGCUGAAAAUUCUCACCGUAGGGAUUAUCAUCAUGAAGAUCGUCAUAAUGACAAACGUGCCAUUCAAUAUGUCACAGUCACUGAAAAAGCUGGUUCUGCUAAGAAAACAACUCUAAUAUCUCCUUCAAAAUCCACUUCUGUUUCCACUGAAAAAAGUACCGAAUCAUCCUCUAUCGUUGGUGAUUUGGAAUCUUUCGUUGCACCAAGUAAGAAAUUCAAAGAUGGUGAAAUCAAAUGUUCCUCCUUCCCAUCAGGUCAAGGUGUCAUCUCUGUACCAUGGUUAAACCUUAACGGUUGGGCAUCCAUUAUGAACAUGGAUGCUGACAUCUCUACAGAAUGUAAAGAUGGGUACUAUUGUUCUUAUGCUUGUCAAGCUGGUAUGUCUAAAACACAAUGGCCAUCUGAACAACCAAAUGAUGGUAAAGCCGUUGGUGGGUUGAUUUGUAAAGACGGUUAUCUGUAUAGAACUAAUACUGAUUCUGAUUAUUUAUGUCAAUGGGAUGUUGAUUCUGCUCAAGCUGUGAAUAAAUUGGAUAAAGAUAUUGCUCUAUGUAGAACAGAUUAUCCUGGUUCUGAAAAUAUGGUUAUUCCAACUUUAGUGGAAUCUAAUGGUGGUAAGAGUCCAGUUUCAGUGGUUGAUGAAGAUAGUUUCUUCAAAUGGUCUGGUAAAAAGACUUCCAGUCAAUAUUAUGUCAAUAACGCAGGCGUUAGUGUCGAAGAUGGUUGUGUUUGGGGUGAUGAAGAUUCUCAAGUUGGUAAUUGGGCACCAAUUAUCUUUGGGGCUGGUUACACUAAUGAUCAAACUUAUUUAUCUUUGCUACCAAAUCCAAAUACUAACCAAAAGGCUAAUUUUAAUGUCAAGAUUGUUGGUACCGAUGGAUCAGACGUUCAAGGUGAAUGUAUCUAUGAAAAUGGUUCAUUCUCUAGUUCUGAUGGUUGUACAGUUUCUGUUCUUUCAGGAUCAGCUCAAUUCAUUUUCUAUUAG